UGAUGGGGAUUACGCGGCGGUGCAGUGGAGGUGGGUUUUUUUGUAAAGUGCUGCCGCUCUGGCUGUCAGAUCGAUGAUCGCGCCGCGGAGGUUUGGCUGAGGAGCUGCGCGCAGCAUGGGCACCGGGGAUUAUAUCUGCGUAACGCUGCGUGGUGGUGCACCCUGGGGAUUCAGCCUGCGAGAAGGAGAGGGGGACACCUACAGACCUUUCCUAACUUCCCAGGUAGAAGAAGGUGGCCGUGCCUUCCGGGCGGGAGUGCGGGAAGGUGAUGAGGUGGUGUCACUCAACGGAGAGCCAUGUGCGGAUCUAACCCUUUUACGAGCCUUCGCCCUCAUCGACACAUCGAUCGACUGCCUGCAGCUGCUGCUCAAAAGAUACUGCUCCAUUCCCCCUGGAGACUAUGAAUCAGAAGAGACAUACUAUGGUGAGAGGGACUCUUCUGGUAAUGCUUUAGAGAGCACCACCCUCCACAUCUUCUCCCCAAAGCACAGGUCCCAAAGCCCAAGGAAACUCUACAUAUCUGAGUCCCAGGGUGAGUUGGAAAGCAACACAAAGUUUUCCAAGGGACCCCAACUGCUUUGCACCCAGCUACAUGCUCCGUCAUCUGAUGAUCAGAGAGGCCCAGAGCCUGUUUUUCAGGAAAAAGAAGUUCGGCGAUACUUCUCUCCUGGGGACAUGGUCAAGCUCCAGGUGUCCCUGUCCGAGCAAACCUUGGACGACGUAGGCUGCACCUCUCUUGGCAGUGCUCGUGGGAUAGAGGGAGAACUCUCAAACAAAGAGACUAUCCAUACCACCACCAUAUCACACUGUGUACCAUGCUCUGUCAGAGAGCCGCUCGGCCAGCAUGGGGUGGUGCUCAGUUCCCCUUCAAUGCUGGGUCAGGUGGAGGUCAUUUUGCAGCAGCCAUCAGCAUCAGGAGCAGGGAGGGGCAUCCUGAGUGUGGGUGGCCACAGGGUCAGUGGAAGCGUUGAAUCCCAAAGUGAAGGAGAAGAAGGAGGAGUGCACUGUGAGGGAGUUCCUGGGUCUUUUACGGUCUCAUUCGGAGUUCCCUCAGAAGAGGUGACACCAGCAGAAGAGAAGGACUCUGAUUCUGAGGGGGAUCAAGAUAAACCUAACAAGCAUCAGGCAAAGCACGCCAGACUCAGGCGUAGCGAGAGUCUGUCUGAGAAGCAGGUAAAGGAGGCCAAGUCCAAAUGUAAACGUAUUGCUCUCCUCCUUACGGCUGCUCCGCCCAACCCCAACAACAAGGGGGUGUUGAUGUUCAAGAAACAUCGGCAGAGGGCCAAGAAAUACACACUUGUGAGCUACGGCACAGGAGAAGACGAACCACAGUACAGCAACGAAGAGGACGAGGAAAACGAAGACGACAAACAAGAAACCCACACUGUUGAAUUAACACUUGUGGCUCCUGACGAUUCUGAAAUAGAUAAGCAUUUCCUCACCAAUGCCCAGAGUAGAAAAGGUGUGCUGACUAUCAACUGGGACAAGGGUCUCCUUGAGAUUGAAAGGAACCUGAACAACCAAGCAGAGAUGGAAUGUUUGCCUGAAACUAAGGGCAAGGGUGCCGCAAUGUUUGCCCAACGCCGUCAGAGGAUGGAUGAGAUUUCUGCCGAACAUGAGGAGCUUAGGCGCCAUGGGAUUCCUGUGGAAGGAUUGCAGGAGAACGAAAAGAAGACAGUGGAGCACUCCUACAUGCAGUCAACAACAGAGGGCCAUGCUUACAUGGAUGUAAAUGUACACCAGCAAAGCCAACACCAACAACAGUACCAGCACUACCAAGAACAACAGUACUAUGAGCAGCAGCAGAACUACCAGCAGCAACAGCAGAACUACCAGCAGCAACAAGAGAACUACCAACAGCAACAGCAGAACUACCAACAGCAGCAACAAUACCAACAACAGUAUCAGCAACAACAGUAUGAACAGCAGCAUUAUCAACAACAGCAACCGUAUCAGCAGCAGCAAGAAUAUCAUCAAGAACAACAGCAACUGCAGCAUUAUCCUGCAAACGUCAAUGGCACAGUCCAACAUCAAACCAAUGAAAUGCAAACUUCUUCCAGCAAUCGCACUGCAAAGCCUUUCUCAGUAGAAAACAUGGCGGCUACCCCUUAUUCUCCUGCAAUGAGUGGGACCAAUCAAGAUUCUGUGGGCCAAGGAGAGCAGAUAGCUUCCCGUGAUGAGCGCAUUUCUACCCCUGCAAUUAGGACUGGCCUUUUGUUGGAUGCAAAGAGAAGAAAUACUGGCAAGCCUAUGUUCACAUUUAAGGAGGCACCAAAAGUAUCGCCUAAUCCAGCAUUAUUGAACCUCCUCAACAGGAGUGAUAAGAAGUUGGGUUUUGAGUCAGGACCGGAGGAAGACUACCUUAGCCUUGGGGCUGAGGCUUGUAAUUUCCUCCAGUCUCCACGAGUUAAACAUAAGACUCCUCCACCAGUGGCUCCAAAGCCUGUGAUCAACCCAAACUCUCCUCCUUGGUCCCCACAGAUAGAAGUAACCAACCAGGACAUGGCUCAGCAUGCUGAAAAUAGUGUAUCCACACCUGCUUUAGCCCCCACCGCAGACACUACCCCUGCUCCAGAACUAGAGCCAACCCCUGCACCUGCUCCGGAGCCCUCUCCCCCUCCUGCCCCCCAAGAGGCUCCUGCCAGCACUACCACAGAGGAGCAACACACAUGGACUCAACCAGAGCCUGAAUCGCAACAACAGCCUCUGCAAGUGACAGCUCAGGAGGACAAUGGCCAUACAAAUUCUACCUUGCAGCCUGAUCCUGCUCCUGUGACUACCUGGGCUGCAGUACAAUCACAAUCACAGCCAUCUACCAAUUCCUGGCAUCCAGCUCAAGUGCAACAACCCAAGGAACCGUCUCCAAGUCAGUCUCCUCCACAACUACCUUGGGUGACACAUCAAACUAAUCAGACCCAAGUACAGCCUGAAACCCCCACAAAUACUUGGACCCCUCAAAUUCAGCCAUCCUGGAGUCAGCCUCAAGAGCAAGAACAAGCCCAGACACAUGUUCAACCAUCCUGUGCCCAGCUUCAAGAGCAAUCACAGUCUCAGCCACAGGCUCAGCCACCCUGGACACAUUCUCAUGAGCAGCCACACCUACAGCAAAUGCAACCAACGUGGGGUCAGCCUCAAGAGCCAAUGCAACAGCAGGCCCAGGCACCAUGGGCACAGCCAUCACAAACCGAUACUCAGCAACAACCACCAUGGGUGCAACAACCACAGCAAAAAUCCCAAGCACAACCUCCCUGGGUUCAACAGGUUCAGCCGGAAUCCCAGCCUCAGCCACCAUGGGUUCAGAAACCACAGCAUCAGGCUCCACAACAAGCAUGGUCACAGGCCCAAGCACCCUGUCAACCUCAACCACCUUGGAUCUCAGCUCAGCCUCAACAGCAACAGCAACCUUCAAUUAAUGCAUGGCCUCCAUCACAAGCUCAAACCCAAGCUCAGCCGUUCUGGAUGCAAGCAGGCCAAGCACAACCUCAAGCACAGGCUCAAGCCAGUUUGAAUCCAUGGGCACCAGUGCCUGCCCAGGCUCAGCCCCAACCAUCAUGGGCCCAGCACCCUCAAGAACAUGGUCAACAUGCCCUGAAUUCUUGGGCCCAUGAGCAAAAUCAGGCCCAACAUCAGCCACCUUGGGCUCAAGCAGUUCCACCCCAGUCCACACCGCAACCAAACUGGCAACCAUCUACUUCAAAGACUCCAUCACAGCCACCAAUGAAUACAGCCUGGCCUCCAGCUCAGACAGAGCCUCAGACACCUGUGAAUGCUUGGGCACCAGAGUCACAGCAAACACCUUUGAAUGUUUCCACAUCAAUGGUUAACACCCAUCCUUCUCCAAAACCUUGGCAUCCACCACAAAAUGCCCCACAAAGCCACACCCCAUCACCUCCGCCACAGCGAAUGCACUCUUUUACCAUUGGUCAAAGAGCUUCAUCGCCCAUCAACCCAAUGGCCACUGUCUUAAACCCAUCAUCACCAGGUUCAGCUUUUGAGAUGCCAGCUGUCAGAGGGAAAGGAGCUGAUAUGUUUGCCAAGAGGCAGUCUCGUAUGGAGAAGUUUGUUGUGGACUCUGAGACUGUGCAAGCAAACAAGGCAAGCCGGUCUACAUCUCCAGCUGCUUCCUUACCAAAUGAGUGGAAAUAUACUCCCAAUGUACGUGCUCCACCUCCACUGGCAUAUAAUCCUAUUCAGUCCCCUUCUUAUCCCCCAGCAGCAACAAAGCAACCCUCUCAAAGUAGUCCCUCAUCCAAAACCAAGAAAAAAGGCAAAGAGAAACAAACUCCUGCCCCUAAACCCCUCAGCGCUAUAGAUGUGAUGAAGCAUCAACCCUAUCAACUCAAUUCCUCACUCUUUACCUUUGGCCCAGCAGCAGAGGCUCCCAAGACCCCUGCCCCUAAACCCGACUGUUCACCUCCUAACCCACCAGUUGAAAACCAACCAAUUAAAUAUGAGCAAAUGGCUCCCAUCCAGCCAGCUGGACCAUUUAAUGCUCCAUACCCCCAGCAGGCUUAUGGGAUGUCCAUGCAACCUAUGAUGCAUGAUGGUCACUACCAGCAAACCCCAGCUAAUGUUUAUGCUCCCCCCAAUACUUAUCAGCAACCUCCUGCUGGUCCAUACCAGCAAGCAUAUAACCAACAGUAUCAACAACCUGUCCCACCUGCUUAUCAUCCCCAAGCUCCUCAGUCUCCAAAUCCCCCCCCACCACCACAGGUUCCUUACCAACCAGCCAGCAGCCCUCCCUACCUAGCAGCUCCCUCAGUACCUUACCAGCCACAGCCUCUCAGUAGCUAUGCUGUUCCUAGUUUCCCUGUGGCUGCGAAGCCUGAAUCUGCAUCAGGUGGCAACGUUGUAGCUUCUCCUAAGCCUAAAUUUACAGCUAAAAAGAGCUCAGCUCAGGUGUGGAAGCCCACAGCGGUUGAUAAAGAGUGAUUCUGGUAGAAUCAUGCCAUGAUUGGUGUUGGCUUGAAUCACAGGCUUAGUGGUCUUGCAGUCCACUGCCAAGUGGAAUAUUUUGAGCACAUAAAAUUGCUUUUGUAAUCAUUCUCUUCACCUCCACCUGUUCUUGUUAUUGUCAUAAGAGAGAGCUUGAAGUUUUUCAAGGUUUAGAUAGUUUAUGGCAUCACAAACAAAGAACGGGAUAUAAGUAUAUCUUAUCAGACAAAAAGGAAAAGCAUUUUUAUAUAAAAUGAUGCAUAUGGAUAUUUUAUUAUGAAUGGAUUUAUACAGCAUAAAUUCACUAUGGAAAAUCACUAUAAAUUAAAUUAAUUUUAUGUAAAAUAAUUUAAAGUAGCGGCAGUAUAAGAACGUAGUGGAGCAUGGUUCUCAGUGUGAACUGAAAGAGAAAAAAGAAAUCAGAAGUGAAUGGUGAGUGAGAACAGGAAGUUGAUUUUUGAAAGGAAUAAAGUGCUAAAUGUGCCUAAUUUGAUAAACAAACAAAAAACAACAAAAAUACAAUAAAUAAAUAAAAUUAAAAUUAAAAUAAAGUAGUGAUGGAGAAGGGUGGGGGAUGUAGAGUGUAAUGAUACCAAGCAGAAGGCUAAAUUUGCAGUGUCAAUGAUGUCAGUGCAAAGUACAGAGAUUAUGUAACGGCUCUGUGUAGUUUCAAGUAAAGGCCAGAGAAUACAGCAGUACAAAAAGUUCUUACAAAAAGUGACAACUAACACUGGCUGGGUUAUAAUUCAAAUGCUUGAUUAGUAAACAUUUUUCUUCAGUGCUUAUCCCGAGUGUCUUUUCCAUAGCACCUACUUAAGUGGGUUAGUUUUAUUUUAAGCUUUUGCCAGCUGUUGCAUCAUGUUAGGUACUAUAUUUAAACUGCCUCAUGAGAGGGAGAGGUGAGGUCAAGAGAUAGUAGGCUUACAUUUCAACUUAAGCCUUGAGUGAAAGCUACUAUCUCUCAGAGCCCUAUAGUAUUUUUUCUGAUAAAAGGAAAAUGUUGUGUAAUGUAGUAUUGCCCACUCUCCUAGCCUCACUCUGUCAUGCAUCUUCUCCUGCUUUUGUUUUAUAUGAAUAGUUGAUAAAUAAUAUAUGAAAGGAGGAUUGUUGAAAGGAUAACCAGCCCAAUAAUAUUCACAAAUAUAUUUUUGGUACAGGGCUGCUUUUGUUCUUUGUGUUCUUUUCUUUUUCCUUUUCCUCUGUGUGUUUCUCUUCAUAGUGCACUUUCUGUAUGAUUCACUGCAGUGCCAUUAAAAUGUCUUUUAUCCUUGUUUGGCUUUCUUUUCUUUUGUCCUUUGAGCAUGCUUUUUGUUUUUCUUCAGUUUCUACUCUAUUUUCUUUUCAUCUUGCUGAAUCUCACCACUUCUCCACCUGUACUAUACAUACUGACAAAGGUAUUCUAUAUUUGCUCCGACAAAAAUAUGGGUUGAAUUUCAGUUGCAAACCAUUUAGUUUCUACUAAAGUACCAUUACAUUAGACUAACACUUACACCCACUAUUUUUUCAAAUGAAUCAGUUUAACAGUAAAAUGGAAUACAGAUUAUUCUUUAUAAAGAGCUUGUUAACAUUAGCCAGAAACUCCUCAUUACCAGAAUCACCUACUUGUUCAGCAAUUAGGGUGAAAGCUUGAGAGGCACAUUCCUGAAGAAUGACUACGUGAUAAUGCAUUUAUGAAGGGUAUUAUUAAACUGGGGAUUUCACUGAAUACAGAAGACCUAACUGGAUAAUUCUGGAGGUCAGAGGAGUGGGAUCCUGCUAAAAUGUAUAUCCAUGUUGUGUCAUGCAUUUUCAGAAAGGGCAGUUAUUUGUCGAGUGGGAUAUUUCAUAACAAAUGCCGUGUUAUGUUGGCAGGUUUCUACAGCUAGACCUAGAGGAAAUUGAUUCUGCUCACGGGGGUAGAGUUGACCCCCGCUGCCUUGUUACAUGUAUAGCCGUGCAUCUUUCUCUCAAAAAUUAUAUUGAGAUGUUAAUGGUUUAAAUGUAUCUACGAAGCUUUUGUAACCAAUACUGCACAUUAUCUAUGUUUUAGUCAGGAAGAGGCAGUACAGAUGUUCUACAUAUAGAAACGAUUAAGAUGCUAGCUGAAUUCAACCUUCUGCCCUCAAAUGUACUUUACACAUGAACAGGGUGAAGCAAAUAUAUAGUAGAAUGAAACUAUGACCUCAGAUUGUCCACUAAUCUACUCAUCCAUUCCUGUGUCUGCCCUAAUCCAGGAUAACACCACCACAGACAUUUUAGGAACACUAGAUACCUGAGUCAGCUGAGAAUUUAUUACCCACUACUCAUUCAGCUACAUUUCUCUUUUUUUUAUGACUGCACUCUCUUCUAUUCUGUUCUUUCAUUUUUGUCAUCUCCUGCCAUCUCCCCAUCUUACACAUCUUUCACCAGAUGAUGGCAGCACUGCCUUUUCUGCACCUCCGUCAUAUCCAACAGAACGUAUUAUCAGUGGCAAUGAGCAGUGCAGAGGUGCUUUUUCGCCCCACACAACCUCUGGCAGUCUAGGUAUCCUGGUGGAAAUUUUACUAUGACACAUUUAACAGUUUCACCAUGUCACUGUUACACUUUCAAAGUGUUGCUGUCUAGCAAAUCAGAUGCAAUGAAGAAAAGCUGGAUGAGGCUUACUUUGGUAAGCCCAUGCACUCUCAUAAGCCAGUUGUUCUGAGAAAUAGUCCACUCUGUUUGGACAAAUGCUAAAGCACUGGGUUGAAGAUGCUUACUGUGGAAUGGGCGAUUAAGUCCACAAUAGGUUUAAUAAUAAUAAGUUUCAUAGAGCUUUUAGCAGCAUGAACAGUUAGUCUGUUUUGCUUGCUAUUUCAGUUCCUAACAGUUAUAUACAUAUUUAUAUAUAAAGAAUUAAUCAGUACUUUCAACCAUGAAAUACAUUAUUAGAAUAUUAUAGCGCUUAAAAGAAAUGUGUUGAAAAAGGGCUAUUCUACUUUCCAUCAUUUUCAAAGCUGAUUUGAAUUGGCUGGACGGCCAGUGAGCCAAACAAAACUGAACCCUUACUAAUAUAAGCACGU